AUGGCGACUGAGGACGAACGGUCUGCUCUUACCUCGCGAAUUAUUCCAACCAUGAGUCUCUCCAUGGCUGAAAAUCCUCUCACAGCGCCCCUGGCCCCCAUAAAGACAACAUCACCUGCCGCGCGAGCUGCUGCUCGAUUCCGGAUAGAGGGCAAUGCUGUCCUCACCGGAGGUGCUGGCACAUUAGCUUUGGUGUCUGCCCGGUCACUACUGGAGCAUGGUGCGUCUGGUGUUACGCUCAUGGAUCUGCAGUCCACCCUUAAUACGUCCUCGCAUGCAAUAUCGAAACUGAAGGAGGACUUCCCCAAUGCGGAUAUCCACACGAUGCCGGUCGACGUGACAUCGGAAUCCGAAGUGGACCAAGCCUUCCAGGUUGCCCAGGGGUUGAUGGGCAGCCUCGACAUGUUAUGUUGUUUCGCAGGAAUAGUUGGGUGUAUGCACUCCAUCUCAGCAACUGCUAGCCAAUUCCGCAAAGUCAUCGAUGUCAAUCUAACUGGGUCGUUCCUCUGCGCUCAAGCCGCCGCAAGACGCAUGAUUGAAUCCAAGUCCGGGGGAUCCAUUGUCUUCACAGCUUCCAUCUCGGCUCACACGACGAACUAUCCCCAACCUCAAGCAGCGUACAAUGUGAGCAAGGCGGGGGUUGCGCAUCUGACGCAGAAUCUCGCCGCUGAGUGGGCAGUUCACGGGAUCCGAGUCAACUGUAUCUCUCCAGGCUACAUGGACACAGUGCUUAAUGCCGGUGACAACCUGAAGCCAGUGCGAGACAUCUGGGCCAGCCGGUGUCCCAUGGGCAGAAUGGGCGAAGUGGAAGAAAUCACCGCACCUAUCGUACUUCUCAGCAGUAAAAGAGCAGGCAGAUACAUCACAGGGGCAGAUUUGCGAGUGGAUGGCGGUGCAUUGUGCUUUUGA